CCAAGGGGCGCAAGCCCCGCUCAGGGAUCCUGCCGCCUCGGUGUAACGCGAGUGGGUGCCCGGCGUGGCCAAGUAGGCGCCUGGUGUGCUGGCGGCUAGGUGGCUAGCUGUCCCCUGAGCACGCUGGGCUGCCCCGAGUCCCCGCGCGCCGCCGGGCGGGUUCCUUCCUGGGAGGCGCCGAGGGCGGCGGUUCGCUGGCGAGUGGGCAGGAGGAGGCGGGGUAGACGAAGAAUUUGGGCUGCCAUCUGCUUUUCGGGACUGGGAAUCACGCGUCUUACUCACCCGCUCAGCUGAGAAAGAAAUGACCAUGCCAGGUAAAGGGAAGAAAGGGAAAAGCCACAGAAAGUCUCGUGGGAAGAAGCAGAAGAAGCCCGAGGUGGACAUCCUCAGCCCCGCGGCCAUGCUGAACCUCUACUACAUUGCCCACAACGUGGCCGACUGCCUACAGCUUCGAGGCUUCCGCUGGCCAGGGGCUCCCAAAGGGAAAAAAGGGAAGAACAAGACUUAAGUGAUAGAGUUCUCAGCGCUCAGAGAACAACUUGGGGAAGAGAAAUCAAAUAAUUCGACCCUACAGGCAAAAUAGACUUUACUGAAGACACCUUGAAAUGCAAGCUCAGGGUGCUUUCUAUGGUAAAUAAUGGUGAAGAAAUGCCUUUUACUUCCUCAGUUAAGCUAGGCAUGAUUAGCCACUUUGGAUUUUCAGAAGUUAAGGGGAAAAACUUGAACAAUUCUUACACCAUGUGAUGGGAUUGAUAGUCCUUUAAAAAUUUAUUAUCAUAAUUCUGGGCCAGAAAUUAAACCUUGCUCUCAAAAGGCA